AUGUUGGAGGCCACCCACCUCCUAAUCCUGGGUGCCCUGCUCGCGCUAGGGCCACCCUUGGGGAUGAUGCGCCAUGGCAUGAAAUACAUCCCAAUGGUCGCUAAGGGGUGCACCGACCCCAUUAUCACACUCAAUUUCGGGUUCCUCAAGAUAUACGUGGUCACGUCGCCCGACAUGAUGAACGCUGUCCAGCGCCAGAGCAAAGUCUUCAGCUUUGGGCCGUUCUUGGACUUUGCCGCCGAACGCCUAGCGGGCCUGACGGGGAAGACCCUCCACGCGUUCCGCACCGUUGAAGCUGGUGGCCAGGGUCUUGUCAAAACUGUAAUGCAUGCCUCGACACCGUUCCUGGCGGGCAAGUCGCUCGACAAGUUGAACCGUGACAUGUUCUCUGCCAUUCAGCCCAUGAUUGACGAACUCGCCACUAAAGAAUCUGUUGACUUGAUCGAGUGGGUUCAUUAUGCGAUGACGCUUGCCGGUACACGUGCCGCCUACGGGCCCAUGAAUCCUUUCGAGGCCCAAGAGGUGCGAGACGCCUUCUGGGAGGUUGACCGAAAUGUGUCUCCUUUGCUUAUGAACUUUUUGCCUUGGCUUACGGCUCGAAAGGCGUACACGAACAGGAAGAUUGUGCUGUCUGCAUUUAUAGAGUACCUCAACAAGAAAGGCCAGAACCAGGCGUGUGAUUUUAUUCUUAAAAGGUACCAAGUGCUUUCGGAAGCGGGCCUGAGCGACCCUGAACUUGCGCAAAACGAGGCAUCCGUGCCCCUCGCGCUUCUUUCAAACACCAUUCCCGCUACUUUCUGGGUAAUCUAUACGAUCUUCUCUCAUCCUGAUCUGCUCCAGGAAUUGCGAGAGGAAGUCGAGCAGAAUGCUUUCAAGAUGGUCGAGGGAGAGUGUGUAGUGGACCUGAAAGCCAUUCGCGAGGAUUGCCCCCUACUGAUAUCGACAUUCCAUGAGAUCAUGCGGAAGGGCUCUAACCCAGCAUCAACACGUUUCGUCAUGAGCGAUUUCACGCUCGCCGACAAGUAUCAUCUUAAGGCUGGCAAUGUCGUCAUACUGCCAAGUCAAGUGAUUGGCCGACACGAGAAAGCAUGGGGACCCAGUGCAGAUGAGUUCAAUCCCCGACGAUAUCUCACGCCUGAGCCUAGCGAUCAUCCGGAUGACCCGAAGACUGUUCGCCGGACGGGUCGCUUUAUGGCCUUUGGUGUUUCAGCGCCUAUUUGUCCAGGCCGCCAUUUUGCGGCGAGCGAGAUCCUGGGAUUGGCUUGUAUGCUCAUGAUGCGCUUUGACUUCACGCCCGAGGGAGGUGAGUGGACGCCUCCUGAGCCCCAUACUGGUUCUGUCUUGGCGGCCACCGGGCCUGUGAAAGGCCCAUUCAACAUAAAGGUUAAGGAAAGAGAUGGAUUCGAAGGAAAGCCCUGGAGAGUUGAGAUUGGCGAAGGGAAAGGUCUCUUCCCUUGUUAG